GCGGGCGGCGUGACGGGGCAGCUAGCGCGGUGCUGUGGCCGGCCGGCGCCUGGCGCGGGAACUAUAUAUAAUCGGCGGGCGGGGGAGGCUGCCUCGGCGGCUCCCAGUGCUCAUGUACGAGGGGACGGCGGCCAUCUCCGCGGGGCGCCGGGUGGACUGUGCACCUGGACCACUCUCGGAGGACGGCCCGCGCAUUUUUGAAGCCCCACCAGGGCAGGGUUGCCCUCCCAUUCUGCCGACAAGGAGCUGAGGCGAUUCUCCCAAGCACUCUGCUUUGCUGUGACCCGCUCGCUGAUGCUGACGUGCCUGGUGCCUGCUGGGCUGCUGGCCCUGCGCUAUUACUACAGCCGCAAGGUGAUCCUGGCCUACCUGGAGUGUGCGCUGCACACAGACAUGGCCGACAUCGAACAGUACUACAUGAAGCCACCUGGCUCCUGCUUCUGGGUGGCCGUUCUGGAUGGCAACGUGGUGGGCAUUGUGGCUGCACGGGCCCACGAGGAGGACAACACAGUGGAGCUGCUGCGGAUGUCUGUGGACUCGCGCUUCCGUGGCAAGGGCAUCGCCAAGGCGCUGGGCCGGAAGGUGCUCGAGUUUGCAGUGUUGCACAACUACUCCGCGGUGGUGUUGGGCACCACAGCCGUCAAGGUGGCUGCCCACAAGCUCUAUGAGUCGCUGGGCUUCAGACACAUGGGUGCAAGUGACCACUACGUGCUGCCUGGCAUGACCCUCUCGCUGGCCGAGCGCCUCUUCUUCCAGGUCCGCUACCACCGCUACCGCCUGCAGCUGCGCGAGGAGUGACCGCAACCGCCCACCCGCCCGCCACCCCGUUCACCCCGUCCACCUGUGCCCGCUGCCCGCCGCCUGGUGCGGCCCUGCUUUCAGACGCUCACCUUGGCAUCUGUGUUGGGUUUUCCUUUCUCAGCGUCUCGUAGUUAUCUGGCUGGUUCUGGGGGCCUUGGGGCUGUUGCUCAUCCGUGACACUUUGGUGGGGUGGGUUAUCUGCAGCCAUGGCCCCUUGUCCUCCCCAGCCUGUCAGGGUGACUUGCCACUCCUUGAAGAGUGGCAUCAUGGACCACCUAGACUGUCCACCCAGCUGCCUAGCCUGCCUCCGUCAGGGAAGGCCUGGCCUUGCCCACCAAGCACAGAACCUCUGCAGCAAAGCCCCCCAAGGAGCAGCCUCCUGGCCCCUAACCAAGCUAUGGCUCAGCUUCCAGUCCCUGGAGUGUGGUCUGCUGGGCCGGCUGGCCGCUGCCCCAUAGGAAGCAGAGCUGAAUGCGGCCCUGCUUUGCUCUGUGCAUGCUGAGGACGUGGCCUGGCCGCAGCAUGCCGCAUGCCACAGCCCCCUGCCCUGCUGCCCUGCCCAGACUGGACCCCAGGACCGAAGCUGGUGAGCACCCUUGUCCUGGUCUGAGCUUGCCUCCAGGGGGGCCUGUCCUCUGCCCACCCUGCCUGCUCUCUGGUGGGCCUGGACUGCCCCCACCAUCCUGCUCCAUCCACCCUGCUUUGCUUUGACAUCAUCUCAGUCUCGCUCCCGUAGAUCCAUGUGCCCCUCUCCCUGGCUUGGCUGACUUGGUGGGCACCAGGCGUGGUUCCUGUAGCAACCCACUGCACAGUGUGGCAGGGGUUGGUGGGGGGACACCUCUCCCCCAGUGCCUGCUAGAUCAGGUGGCCUCUCCCAGCUGCCUGAGGCCCUCCUGCCUCAGCUGUCCACCAGGGUCUGCCCUGUGAAUCUUAUAGCCCAGGCUGCUGCCGGCAAUACCCAGCCACAGCUUCUCCCAGCCUGAAACCAACCCGUUUUCUAAUAAGUUACUUAGACAGAAUAGCACUCUGCAUGACUUUAAUUCUUGGGACAAAUGGUAGCUUGUACCUUCAGACACACGUCCGUGUGGUGCUAGCACAUGCACUAUUUCUGGCCCCGUUGGAUGGGGGUGGGUGGCCGGGUCGAUGGAGGCUUCCAUGGUUUGAAAUUUGGAGGGAGACUCUAAUUUAAUGUGAUUUCCCCCUAAAGACCAUUCCUGGUGGUGAGGAGGGUCCAGGCUGCCCCUUCAGCCCUGGCAUGCAGGAUUGAGGGGCAGGGUGAGCCCCUCAGCCUCAGGAGGAGGAGCUGGGCGCUGCACGAGGAGCGGUGGGUCCUGGGGCCAGGUGAGGUUCCAUUUGGGGACUGGCCCAGUGGGGUUGGCCUGGGAUGGGGGAGAAAGGUGGUUACUGGAAGUGCCUCUGUGGCAGCCUGGACCAGCUCUGGUGGCGAGAGGGGUAUAAAGGCCCACUCAGACCUCUAUGGGGUUGGAGGGGGAGGAGGAGUGGCAGUGGGGCAGGCUGCAGAGCUAGGUCCCAAGGCCAUGUUCUUAGAAAUGGAUGGAUGGACAUCCCGAGGAGCCUUUUGUCCUGUUAGCAAUUGAGGCAUUUGCAGAACACUGUACAGACCCCGAUCUCCCCUGUACAUUCCUCCCUGGUGGCGCCCGGUCCCCACUCGGGGAUGGGAGUUUUGUAGACUGUACAGAAAUCGGCCCCUAUUUUCUUGCAGCUCUCAGAUUUUGUUAACCUGGAUUAUACAGACAGACGUAAAGUGUUUUAGCAAAAUGGAAAACAAACAGUCGUGCCUUUUCCUCUUUCUGUUUGGUCUGGUUGCUGGGGCUGGUCUUGGGCUGGUCUUACGGGGGCGUUUGGGGCUGCUGGCUGGUCUGAGACCUGGGGCACAGGAGGCAGGAUGUGGUGGAGUCAGUAUGUGGUUGGUGGGCAGCUCCGCCUGCUUCUCCUGUCCUGUGCCUUGGGAGCCUGCAGUCUUUGGGGUCAGGGCACGGGAUGGGGGUGCUAGGGCUCUCCCAGGCCAGGGCAGAGCCUGGGGACUGGGGCAGCCAGUGUCUCCUUGGUGGUGAGUUGGGUGAGCUCACAGCCCUCUCCCACUCCAGAGGGUCCUGGGGGAGGGAUGUGUCCUCCUCACCUGGUGGCCCCAGGCUUGCUGAGGGAACGUCUUCCUGGCUGUACUGCCCAGUGGGUGCAGGGACGCUUUAUGGGCUCUUGCCUGUUCUGUGCUGCCCUGUGUUGCUGCCAGGACUUGGGAGAGAUGCAGCAGGAGGAGGGCAAGCUCAGGCUGCACCUGGGACAGAGCCCCCCCAUCAGGCCACUGCAGCUCCGCAGGUCUGGAAGGCUGUGGGCAGGUUUCCUGCCCCUCCAGGCUGGAGGCUGGGCCUCUCCCCACCUGCCUUAUCCCUCCAGCCUGAGCAGUGACUGCUCCGCCAAUGUGCACUGACAUGAAUUUUAUAUGUUCGUAGAGAUUCUGAUGUAUCUUCUACCUCUGUGGAGGCCCUCCUGGGCCUGGCUGCCAUGUGUCCAGUGUGGCUCCCCUGAGUUUGCUGGCCUGCUGUCCUCCUCCUCUAGGCCUUGCCCACCUUAGGUGGCUGGCACCCAUGUUCCUGGCCUGGAAAGGCCUGGGGAAGGCUAACAUGCCUUUGGCCAUUCCCACAGGAAGGCCCUGUGCUCAGGGUCUGGAUACUUGGAAUUUCUGUUGUGUGUUUGGAAGACUGGUUUAGAGUAGGGAGGGUGAAGGGUAAAAGUAGAAUGUUCCAGGACAUCAGCAUUAGACAAACCUAUGGUGUGCAGCAGCUCCCUCUGCCCAGGCACACAUGUGCAGACAGGUAGCCCCUAAGGUGGGUGACCAGGCAAUCAUUUCACCCACAUGUGCCUCAGCACAUGGGGGUCUGAGUGUGAGGGCUGGAGCCUUCGCAGCCAUCGUGGCCUACCCUCCUGUCCCCCCUCCCCCCAUGCCCAGUUUGGGUUUCUGCUGCACCACCCUGGGCACGGCAGCAGCUGUGAUACUACCUCUGACUGGAGAAGCUGAGGAAUAGGGCCAGCCUGAUCUGAGAGGGUAGACAGCUGGCUCUGGGAGAGGGUUCUGGCUGGGAGGUCUUGUGGACAGCAAGUCUGAAGCUAUAAGGUCCUGGGGCAGCCCCUGGUACCCUUCCUCAGGCAAGGCAACAUGAGUCCACAGGCCUUAGAAGGGAUGGGGCUGGGGACACCCUGAGGUGAGCUUCGUGGGCAGUCUGCCAGGUGCCUAGGAAGCUCUCUGAGCCAUAGGGGUCGUCUCUAGCCUGUAGGGGGCACACUGCCCCUGCCCUGCCUGCCUCUCCUCAGUGGCCCCAAGUUCUCAAAUCCAUGGGACUGGAUCACAAGGCUGUGUCUGGGGCCAGAGUCCUGGGAAUGUGGGUUUCUGGGCGUUGCUAGGGCAUGGGACUUCUUGGGGACUGAAGGAGGCUGCCCAGCCAGGCAAUGGACUGUGUGGGCACCUUCCUGUUGGUGCCUGGGGAGCCGCUGCCUCUGGCUGCCGUGGCCCCUGUUGCUGAUCCUGUCUGCUCCCUGCUGACUUGCUGUGUCUGUUGGAGGUGGCUCCUGGGGGUCAGUUCUGGUCUCGGGCCAUGUUCUUGCAGGUGACUCCUGGGACAAAAAUGUCAGGGAUGAGCUGAGGCCAGGUGUGGAGCAGACCCUGGAGCGCACUGUUCCUUGACGCUGCCAUCUCUGCUCCCAGUGGUGACAUGUCCACAGAGCUACCCUGGCCUGGGUGAGGAUGAGCCCUGACAUACCAUUGUUGGAUGUAUUUAAAAAAAAAAACACAGCAAUAAUUAGCCAUUUUAAAGGAGUGUACCUGUGUAUGUAAACGUGCAUUCCUGUCUUUGUGCAUGUGCGCUUAUGUAUGUGUGAGCAUGUGCAUGAGUGUGUGUGUGCAAGCACACACAGGAGUGUAUGGGUACAUGUGUAUUGUAUAUAUGGGAGCAUGUGUGUUCAGGAGUAUCUCUGAGCAGGUGUGCAUGUGUGAGCACAUGUGUACAUGUGCACAUGAGCAUGUGUGUCCCCACGGGCACCUGCAGGUGUGCAUGUGUAUGUGUGAACAUCUUCGUGUUGUGUGUGUGUCUGUGAACAUGUGUGUGUGCAUGUGCGCACAUUCAUGUCUAUGAGUGUGUGCCUGGGCAUGUCCUUGUAAGUGUGUGCACACGUGUGCGUGUGAAUGUGUGUGCACAUGUGUAGCAGUGGAGAGGGCACCGGUGGGAAGAGCCUCCUUCCUGCUCUGGGAGGUUGCUUGUGGUGAGAAGCAGGGUCCUGUGGUCGUCCCUUGCUGUGCCCACUCCUCUAGGCCCAGAUCCAUGUGAAUGUAGCACAGCCCUGUGGGCUGGUGAGCUUCUCAUGACCCCGCUUCUCUGGCCACCUCCCUCUCUGCUGAGGGCAGGGCAGAGGAGUUGGAGACCCUGGGACAGGACACUGGCUGGGCCUGGUCCAGGUGCAGGUCUACUGUUGUGGUUGUUCCUGAAGCUGUACUGUGAGCCCACAUGGGGCGGAGGUGUCCUAAGACCCGGGAAGUGCCAAACAGCCCCAGGGCCAGGCAACAAGCCAAGUUCCCAAGGAGACAGGCUGGGGGCCUGAGUGGGUGUGUGUCCCCGCCUGCACGGCCCCCAAUGCUGCUGUUUUUCAAUAAAACCAGAGUUGAAGGAA